GCCCUGCCAGCUUUCAUGUUUUCUUUUUUCUGUUUCUUCCCUCCGCAAAAUUGUCCUUCCGUGCUCUGCUGUCUGUGGUUGUGCGAGCGUGAUUUACGGGCAGCUCAGUCAUCGCACUCCUGGAUUGCGCCAUUUCCAGGCCUGAUAAGUUUGAGAGAAAGUGUAGGCACCUACCAUAGUCGGACGGACAAGGAGGAGACGACCACGAGGGAGAGCGGGGUUGUAGUGGCAGUAUUCUCCUAGCUUCGUGUAUAUACACAGCUGCAGGACGGGUCCAUUUGCCACCUCCAACAAGUUUAUGGAGUGCGGCCUAUGUGUCGUGGUGCUCAUAACUGCGGUGCUGCAAGUUAAGUUUGCAGAGUAUCACUUUCUUGAGGAUUACUUUUAGGGGUGUAGCAUUGCCACUCUGAAUACCCGUCUCUCUACGACAAGGUGCAUGCGCAAUAGUAUCUAAGGAGUUUUUUUUUUUUUAUUAAACUCUGUAACAAGGCCAAGAUCACUGGAGUUGAUGAAGCCGUCAUUACAAAGCGUAAUGCCAACGGGAAUGGGAAACGGGAUGUUCUUGUUACGGAGUUUUUCACGAGGGCGGCAGAUGCAUUCUCUGUAGCAGGGUUCUUUAUUAUUCUCGCCUAUUUCGUAGCCGGGCGUACAUUCUGAGUAUUGGAACCAGUUUUAGUUGUAUGAAAUCCAUGCCUAGGCAGUGAACUGGAGAUCGAUGUUCUGAAAGCAUAUUAUGGAGUCCCGACCAUUUAUCAGAGUGGCUGUUUGUGGCCUUGGUGUUCGUAUCCCUAUCUCAGCUAAAGCAUCUCGUGGUGGCGUGCACGCUGCUGCGAGCCCUUGCGAAUGUGAAAUCAGUUUACCUCAUUUUCCCACGGAAACAGUUCCAAUUUCUUUGGUAUCUCCCAACUCUAGUGCAACACCGGACUUCAAUGACACCGCAGCAAGUUUCUAUUUAGAUGAGUCAGCUCUUGAGAAGCUACUGUUGCCUUCUUGCAUGCCUAGAAGAACAAUACCCUGUUUAGAAGUAGCAGUAUUUCUAAGGAAGCAGAAGCUUGGUACGUUUCGGCUGGCCGUUACUCUAGAUUGGGCUGAAGGGAAUCCCGCUGUGUUACACAGUGGCUGGACGAGCAUUGGUAGCGCAAAGGUUGACGGAGGCAAACCCGGGGCAGGUGCUGAACUGCACGUCGCAGUUAAAGUAGAAGCAGACCCAAGAUACAUGUUUCAGUUUGAUAAAGUCACGGCGUUGAGUCCUCAGAUUAUUCAGGUGUCUAGCAAGAACCAACAGUCCAUUUUUAGCUGCAAAUUCAGCCGGGACAAAUUAUCACGGUGCCGUGUAGGUGCCAGUGAUAUCUCAUCAAGCACUGCGUGGCAUACGUCAUUAGAAAGUAGAGAGAAGAGGAAAGAGAGAAAAGGAUGGCUUGUCAUGAUUCACGACUUGUCAGGUUCCCCAGUUGCUGCUGCCUCUAUGGUAACUCCUUUCGUACCAUCGGCGGGAUCCGAUUAUGUUGCGCGCUCGAAUCCCGGGGCCUGGUUGAUUUUGCGUCCAGAGUCUCCUGGUGCUGAUAACUGGAGGCCCUGGGGUCGCCUUGAAGCUUGGAGAGAUAGGGGUGGUAAAGACAUGGGCUGCCGCUUCCAGCUGAUGGCUGAAGGUGGAGGUGUAACAGGCGUUUCUAGUGGGGUACUGACAUCGGAGAUCACUCUCUCAGCAAAGAAAGGAGGGGAAUUCACCAUGGAUGCGAGAAAGUUCACGCAGGAGUCCUCUUCUGGCAUAUCUCCAGUGGAGAGUCCUAGGAGAACCACUCUUAGUCCAAGAAGUAGUGGCGAGAUCCCCUUUGGUUUGGGAUUGCACGCAGUGGGAGAAUUCGUAAUGAUCUGUGGGGUCCGAGGUGAUAGAGACUCCAGCAAACCAUUGGUUCAGGUAGCCAUGCGUCACGUUAGCUGCGUUGAAGACGUUGCUGUUUUUAUAGCCCUUGCUGCUGCCGUGGAUCUUAGCGUGGAUGCUUGUCAACCCUUCAAGCGCAGGCUGCGUAAAGAACUUGCAGAAGUCAUGUCCUCCACCUGAUAUUCAGAAGACAUAAAUUUUUGUUAGCUACAUUUAAAGAGCGAUCUUGUGAUGACUGCACCUAAUGUCAUUGAAAUCGAGGUUACGACACUAGUCGUUGCCGGUGCUCGUAGGAGUUAUGGAUUGGGCCAUAAUUCAGGCAACGAGUGACAUUGGACUUUGGGAGGCUAGUCAUAGCAUUGUGCUUGUCUGGUCCUGUAUUUUAUUGUAAUUGUAGGGUUGUAGGGUGGAGUGAGACACCCUAUGCGGUGUAACAUAGUGUAAGCAUGGUUAUUUACAUGUAGGCUGCUGUGCCGUGGCCUUCUGUAUUAUAGAAGAGCAACUGUGAGGCUCAGCGUUUGGUCAUCUAUUAGCUGCAUGGAUUGCGCUCCUUCUUUUACAGGUUCUACGAAAGCUCUUUACCUUCA